AUGCUGCUGGAAGCACCUCCACGAAGGAAAAUCAAAGUUCACAUUCCUAAACCUCAUGUUCAUAGUGUUGGGAAGGGCAAGAAGCCCGGCAGAAGCAAGGGUCAAAGGAGAGGCCGGGCAGCAACCGAGUCACCGUCAGAUGAGGAAGCCAGGCCAAAGAGAAAGGAAGGGGUGGAAGAUCGGCAGUUCGAUGACAACAGUUGGAAGGAUUUGGAUGUGGACAAGCCGGCCAAGAAACGAACCGAACAGUUUUCUAAGGAUGACUGGACUCCUGAUCGGGAUGGCUCCGAUGACGAUGGAGAAGACUUGGACGUGGAGAAACCAACCAAGAAACCAACCAAACAGCAUGACGAACAUCGUGAGGAUGGCUCCGAUGAUAGUGACUCAGACUCCGAUAAUGGUCAAGAGAGGCCAAAGCAGGAUACUCUGACCGAGCCCACAGUGAAACCUAGCAGGGUCAACCCGACCUUGGAAGAGGAUAGAGACUCGGGAUCAGAUUUGGGCUCAGACGAUGCUACGAUCACUGUAGAUACCAGCCCCGAGCUUCAGCCUCGGUACAACGACACCCGGGCUCUCUCCCAUGAAGUACCAUCGGACACUGAGGUCUUGGCUGAUGAUACAUUUUGGGAAGCUGACCUGGGCUGUGGGGUGGAGUCGGCCGAUCGAGCGAAGAAGAGAAAAUUCACUGAUGAGGAGGAUACACCCUGCAAGUUUCCUCGGUUAGAGAAGGGUUACAAACUUGGCCCGAGGAGUGCCCGACCAGGCAAAGUCAAAUGCCGAGCUGCCUCAGCUGUUAUCCAAGCCACUGUC